GUUGGAACCAUGAUGAAGCCUCUGCUGAUCCCCUUGACAUACUUCUGUCUUCAAACCUGGCAGGGAAUCCCUCAGGCAAAAUGUCAGGUGCAGCUGAGCAUGAUGGAUGAUGCUUUUGACGACCAGUAUCUAGGAUGUGCUAAGGAAAUGGAUACAGAAGCACAUAAACUGCUAAAGGAGGAAAUGACCCCACCAUUUAGCACGGUGUGGCAAAAGGCAACAGAAACCUGGAAAAAUAUGAAAUCGAUUUCUCGCCCCCGUGGCUUUAAGGAUGAGUAUGGAAUAGCCAUAGUAGCCUAUACUAAUGACACCAAAUACAACGGCAAAACUUUUUCAUCUACAUUUAAUGAUGCAGUGAGUGGGACUAAAAGAUCUCGAGCUGCUUCCAUGGCCAAUUUCAAGUUCAAAGCCUUUCAUUAUUACUUGACAAGAGUUUUGCAGUUCUUAAGAGGGAAGUGCAAUGUGAUGUAUAACAAGACGGUGUACCGGGGCACUCAAUUUCAAUACACAGGAUCGGGUAAGAUCAGGUUUGGAUUCUUUGCCUCUUCAUCUAUUAGUAGAAAAGUGGCUGAAGAUUUUGGCACAGGCACAAUCUUCACAAUCCGCAUGAUGUGUUUAGAUGUUGAUAGAAUGUUUGGCUGCAUGUGUAUGUUCCCUCUGUGUGCCGUCCCAGCCCUGCGCAGACAGCUGGCAUGUCACACCUCGAGUGAACCACCCAAUGACCACAAGAUCUGCUAA